AUGGCCGUCGGGUGAGAACCUGUUCUAGCGCUCUCCCCCUUCUGGACACCUCCUUCGACGUUCUCUUACGCUGCAAUCACUUCGAUUCUGAUGUUGUCACUGUGUUUUUGGCAGGAAGAACAAGAGAAUCUCCAAGGGGAAGAAGGGCGGGAAGAAGAAGGCGUAUGUUAUCGUCAAAGAUCCAUAGAAUCCGUCUAUGUUCACAGUUGCGUGGUGCCGCAUUUCGAUUCUACGUCUCAUUUGUGCUUUUUUCUUAUGGGAACCUCUGCAGGGCUGAUCCCUUUGCUAAGAAGGAUUGGUACGACAUCAAGGCGCCGUCGGUCUUCAGUGUUAGGAACGUUGGGAAGACUCUCGUUUCUAGGACGCAGGGUACCAGGGUCAGCGUCUAAACCUUCCUCCACUCUAUUGCAGCACCCCAAGUUAUCCUUAGUCUGUGCAGUUCUUUUCCUUCAUCGUUUGGUCUUGUGUGAAAAUUCUUUUAUAUGUGGUAUGCCGGCGGUGUGGAUUUCUUAUCUGGAAGAGCAUAGUUCACCGUAGACAUAAUCAACUAAAGGGCAGUCAGUGAGUGAAACUUGAGAAAAGACGUUCGUCAUGACGAUAUGGACUUCUUGUCUACAUCAAUUACCAAUAAGUCCAUGGAGCAUUAUUUUGAAACAUCUUCCUUAUUUUUUGGUGUAAUUUUUAUGGUUGUUACCGGUAUGUUUUACUAGACACCCUGUCUCGUUAGAUCUCUCCUCAAAUUUGUCUAUUGGUUGAUAUCAACCACAAUUCUGAUUCAGGUCCAUAUCAUUUUCUGGACCGAAUUUGAUUGGACUAUAACAUACUUCAUCGCUCUAUAUUUUGUAACUCCAGCACAUCACCGAUUAUUAUCUUAUUCUUAUGCUACUAUUAGCUGGAUUAUUAUUGUCUGUUUCAUAUCAUUUUUCUAAUCUUAGGCUUGAUCACCGCGCAGUCACUCAAAAAAAGACGUCAACAAAAAUAAACUAUUGUGUAAUUUUCCCCGUUUGAUUCCCUUAGUUUUAUUUCAGACUGCAAGUGACGGACUGAAGCACAGAGUGUUUGAGGUCUGUCUUGCUGAUCUUCAGAACGAUGAAGAUCAGCACUACAGGAAGAUCCGCCUCCGUGCAGAGGACAUCCAAGGGAAGAAUGUCCUCACCAACUUCUGGGUAUGAAAUCCUGAUAAUUAGAACUCCCUCCUUAGAUGCUAAUUCUCUCAGGUUUUCUAACGCCACUCAAUUCUGCACCGAAAUCCUACGCGGUUAUCUUUCAGGGCAUGAACUUCACCACCGACAAGCUCCGAUCCUUGGUUCGCAAGUGGCAGACAUUGAUUGAGGCCCAUGUUGAUGUGAAGACAACCGACAGCUACACCUUGCGGUUGUUCUGCAUUGGGUUCACCAAGAGACGCCCUAAUCAGGUCAAGCGCACUUGUUAUGCCCAGUCCAGUCAGAUCAGACAGGUGUGCUAGACUUCAAAAUUUUGUUUUCUUUUUAUUUAUCAAAAAAAUUCCCCUGUUCUGAAAUGGGUUCUGCUGUCAUUUCACUGUAGAUUCGUCGGAAGAUGACUGAAAUUAUGAUCAACCAAGCCACAUCUUGUGAUCUGAAGGAGCUUGUGCAGAAGUUCAUUCCUGAAGUUAUUGGGAAGGAAAUUGAGAAGGCGACCUCGAGCAUCUACCCCCUUCAGAAUGUUUUCAUCCGCAAGGUCAAGAUCUUGAAGGCGCCCAAAUUUGAUCUUGGGAAACUAAUGGAGGUAAAAAAAUCUCCUAUAUGUCGAUUCUUUAUCUGAAAGCAUAUAUCUAACUAGUGAGUGAUUCUUAUUUAUUGAUCUGUAAAUCUCCUUCAACCCUUUGAAAUCCAUGAAGGUUCACGGCGAUUACUCCGAGGACAUCGGGGUAAAGGUUGAGAGAUCCGGAGAAGAAGCUCCAGUAGAGGAGACAGAGGUUGUUGGGGCCUAA